AUGUCAUCAGUGUCACCAGGAGGUGGUACCAACAAUAAUAAUAGUAACCAAGCGACAGAUACCAUUUUGGAAGAUGAAGAUGAUGUUAUUGUAUUCGAGGAUGAUAAUGGCGAGGGCGAAUCAAAUGUAAAUAAGAAUGUCAAUAUUCCAAUUUAUGUGACAACUCCACCACCUCCAACGACAAUGGAGGGACUGGACCUGCAUCAAUCAGAGAACACGCCACUGGUUCAGCCACGACCGUCAAUAUCACCUUCAAAGUUCCUCUGGCGACAUGGCAGUGACAACCGUCUACCCGCCUUUGCCUCACCCCACCCGCCAUCCCUGGGCAAUACACCUCUGCCAACACAACGCAAGCCAACAAUGGUGCAGCUGCGUGCCAAGUACGACACGCCGCCACCGCGCCACAUUCACUUUCAACAGUUUCCAACAUCACACAAGCGUGCCGAUGUCAACUUUAUCCAAUCGAGAGCACAGCAGUACAGGACAAACACCACGCGAGACUAUGUCCUGCAGCAGACAUCACAAUAUCCCGACAUCGAAGAGUCGGACAUCACCGAGAGCGAGAGGAAGAGACGAACAUUCAUUGCCUAUGUACUUAUUGACGAUGCCAUCAACUAUCGUAAUCCAAACCAUCUGUUGACCCAACCACAGCUGUCGGUAUACAUGCUGUACUUCCAUCCAUUGGCUCGAGCAUUCCUGCUGUUCAUCUGUUUGAUGAUACUGUUCCUUGCUUACUUUGAGCAUCCAACGACGUUCACAUUCCGUCCUUACGUCACAAUGUCAUUUGAGUUGUUUGGCAUUGUUGUGCUGUCCGCAGAGCUCUUGGUCAAGCACUAUGUCUAUGGCGUGCAGGCCAGACGCAAUCCAUGGAACUGGCUCAAGACCCUGUUCCUAUUCAUCAACUAUGUGGACAUCAUAGUCAGCUUCAUCCUGUGGGAUGAAUGGAUAGCCAGUGUACGAGUAUCAAGAAUAUUCAGAAUCUACUACAUGAUUGACUAUGAUCGAUUGACACGUGACGUAGCCGAACAAGUCGGCUACACAUUCUACUGCAUGCUCCCUGUCGGCUUUGCAUUCUUCACAUACAUAUUCGCCUCUUCCAUCUUCUUCUCUAUCCUCCUAUCAAAUGGAACAACCAAUGUGAAAGGAUACUAUGACUCAACAUUGGAAUCAUUCAAGAGUACAAUGGUGAUGAUAACAACGGCCAACUUCCCCGAUAUUAUGUUGCCUGCCUAUGCUAUCAGCUCAUGGUAUGCGAUACCAUUCAUUGGAUUCCUUUGCUUUGGAUUGUACAUUGGUAUCAACUUUAUGAUUGCCUUGGUAUACAAGAGUUUCAGAGAGGCUGUACUAAGAGAGACCAAGAAUAACUUUCGUAAGCGUCGCACUGCUCUUUUGGCGGCGUUCAUUGUGUUGGACCACGACAAGACAGGCGUGAUCAGAUUGGAUCAGUGGGAGAGCAUCUACAAACACAUCAAGCCCAAGGCCAAAGAUGAUGAGGCCUCAGCAAUCUUUGAUCUCAUAGAUCUGGAUGCCAAUGGCUUCCUCAACGUGCACGAGUUCUUUGCAAUGUGUGAUGUGUUUUUCUUGGAGCGCAAGACCAUCAAGCAACUGGCGGCGAAGAAGAAGAAACAGGCCGGCCUCUCGAGCAGUAACAUCAGCAGCAGCAGUCCCGCCACACCUGUGGAGCAAGAGCACCAACAGAACUUCAUGGGCAAGAUGAAGAACAUCGUCUCCAAUCGUAAUCUCUUCAGCAAAUCAAAGGUUGUCAACGAUGAUGUACCCGAUGAUGAGGAGUUUAGCGUGUGUCGAAAUCCAUACUAUGCCGGUGACAAUGACUUUGAUGAGUUCUCUAGCGAGUACACAGACACUCAUCAAUCAGAUGUCACCUCAGAGUACAGUGUGGCCACCCACAACACUGGCAAUCAUCAUUCAUCGAUGGUCGCUGGAGAGCAACAGCAUGAAGCCAUCGACAUACCCCCGCUCACGGCAUCGGAAGUGUCGACAGAGCCAGCGGAUGACUCAAUGACCGAUGUCAAAAAGGUGAUGCCAAAGGACAAUGUGGUCGGUGGGAGAAAGAAGAGAUUGCGAUACAACCCAGCAGUAUUCAAGAGGAUCUCCAAGCACUGGAGCUAUGAACUGGUGUCAUUGGCUCUGACCUACGCCAACUUGGUCAUUAUCACAUUGGUGUUGACCAAGUACCGCGACAUAUACAAUCCAGUGUGGACACAAGUCGUUGAUGCCUUCCUCAUUCUAAUGUCGGCCGUUGAGAUUGCAUUCAAGGUGCUCUCAUACUCGACACUCCGCAAGUUCUGGACGAUGUUCAACCUGUUGAUUAUGAUGCUGUCAUUGGUGGGCAAGAUAAUCUUUGAAGGUGCUCUCGGUCAUGGUGGCUCCAUCACCAUGCUCAAGUGGGCCAUGGCCUUUAGAUUCAUCCGAACACUCAGACUACUUUCCAUUGUGCGUCGGAUGAGACACUUUAUUCAGUCACUGGCACAGAUCAUGUUCAUUCUGAUCAACUUUAUAUUCAUCAUCUUCCUGGUGUACUACUUCUACGCCGUGCUUGGCAUUUGGAUCUAUGGUGGCGUGUUCUAUCGAGACAAUCCCAAGCUGGCCGGCACAGAAUAUACUGCGGCCGACUACUUCAUCCUGGAGGGAUUCACAAGCUUUGGCUCAGCCAUGAUCACAAUGUUUGCCCUGAUGGUGGUCAACAACUGGUUCGUGCUUUUCUAUGCCGCUAUCAAAGCCACCAAUGCCUGGUCAAUUCUGUACUUUUGUUCAUUCUACUUCCUGACGGUGAUCUGUGUGCUCAACCUGGUCGUGGCCUUUAUGAUUGAGGCGGUCAACUUCACCUCCAACUUCUACUUUGAGAAGAAGCAGCUAAAACGACAAAAGAAGAGGAGCAGGAGACAGAAAAAGAAUGGCAAGAGUAAAAGUACUGGAAGUGGAGGUGGAGGUGGAAGUGGUGGAGGUGGCGAUGACGAUGACAAUCAUGGUGGCGAUGACAAGGACAAUGGAAAGAGUGACAAAUCAAGUGGUGAUGGUGGACAUCAUCCUAAUGAUGAUGGUGAUAGUGACGACAAGAUUGACAAACCAGGACAAAGCAAAGUUGAUUCAAAGGUCGACCUUCAGAAGAAGGAUACUGACGUACAACAACAACAAGUGAACAAAGUCAACAUGGAUGCUAUCGCUGACAGUCAAGAGAGCAAGGACGAUAGUAAAGAUGACAAGGAUGAUGAUGAUGAUGACAAGACAUUGGAUGCAAAGGAUAACAUCAAGAGUAUAAUCAACAAGAUCAUACCACUCACGCCAAAGGAUGAGAGACGUGCAAGCAUUGGUGGUGAGCGACUACAUGACUAUCUGACAGAGAAGAAGGAUGAGACUGGCGCCAAGGUGGAACAGGACAAGGAGUUGGCAUCCGCUGCGCCCUCUGCACUCAAGAAGAAGCUCCUGGAGGGUAUCAAGAUCGAGGGAGUCACUCAGCACUUCUUUGAGGAGAAGUUGUUUGAGAAGGAGUUAGCCGAGCUCAAUCAGGAGGAUGUUGGUCUCGACGAGUUCAUGGAGGACAUGAUCAUCGCAUCCACCAAGAAGGAAUCAGAACUCAAAGAGGAUAAGGAACGAGAGAAACGUGAGAAGGAGGAGAAGAAGGAGGAGAAGGAGCGAGAAAAGGAGGAGAAAAAGGAGGAAAAGGAGCGUGAAAAGGAGGAGAAGAAGGAACGAGAGAAGGAGAGAUAA